AUGGCCUCAACCAUUUUCAAUAACCUUUCCGCCCGUCACAUUCCAGGGCUCUUUAUCGGCACCACGUUGACUUUCGGUGGUGCAAUACCCUUCUUCAAUCCUGCAUACGCAAUGCGCGAGUUUGGCCUCCCACUCUACCUCGUAAAGUCUAAAGAUGCACAAGAUGCGUUCACCGUAUCUGCAAUUCGCACCGUUGCGCUUGGAUUAUCGGUUUACAUAAUGUUUGCCCGAAGAAUGUAUCAUGGCGUAGACAUCAUCUUAGCAUGCAUCGGAACCACCGGGAUCUUAGACGGGUGGUUAUGCUGGAAAGUUGGCGUGCCUGGACGAGGAGUUUUCCGUGCUACCUGUGCGGUUUUGGUUGCCAGCUGGGGUUGGAUGGGUAUGACUUCGGCGUAA